UCGGCGGAGCCCGGCAUGGCGCCGUCCGCGGUGUAGAGCUCCUCCCCGGCGGCGAGCGGCGACCGACCCGCUCCUCUGUCAGCCAUGCUCGUCCCCCUGGCCAAGCUAACGAGCCCAACACAUCAGUGUUUCCGUGCCUUGAAGAGAGUGAAGAAAAGCUGCCCAUCUUCUUUGCGGGGUGCACGAUGGACUUCAACUGCUGUGGUACCCCGCAUCACCACACACUACACCAUCCAUCCUCGAGACAAAGACAAGCGAUGGGAAGGGGUGAACAUGGAGAGAUUUGCCGAAGAAGCCGACGUGGUGAUCGUUGGUGCGGGCCCUGCAGGCCUCUCCGCGGCCAUUCGCCUAAAACAGCUGGCUGCCAAGCAUGAGAAGGAAAUCCGGGUUUGUCUGGUGGAGAAGGCCGCUCAGAUCGGAGGACAUAUUCUCUCAGGGGCUUGUCUGGAGCCGCGUUCUUUUGAAGAACUCUUUCCCGACUGGAAGGAGAAAGGGGCUCCUCUUCAUACACCUGUGACAGAAGACAAAUUUGGAAUCUUAACAGAAAAAUCCAGAAUCCCUGUGCCAAUUCUUCCAGGCCUUCCGAUGAAUAACCAUGGAAACUAUAUUGUGCGGCUGGGCCAUUUAGUGAGUUGGAUGGGAGAGCAAGCUGAAGCCCUGGGUGUGGAGGUGUAUCCGGGUUAUGCAGCUGCUGAGGUCCUGUUCCAUGAAGAUGGCAGUGUAAAGGGGAUCGCCACCAAUGACGUGGGCAUACAAAAGGAUGGGGCCCCAAAGGCUACAUUUGAAAGAGGAUUAGAGCUUCAUGCCAAAGUCACAAUUUUUGGAGAAGGUUGUCACGGGCAUCUUGCCAAACAACUGUACAAAAAGUUUGACUUACGGUCCAAUUGCGAACCCCAGAGCUAUGGUAUUGGAUUGAAGGAGCUGUGGAUUAUUGAUGAGAAAAACUGGAAACCAGGCAGAGUGGAACAUAGCGUGGGUUGGCCUUUGGACAGACACACUUAUGGAGGAUCUUUUGUCUACCAUUUGAACGAGGGUGAACCCUUGGUGGCUCUGGGUUUUGUGGUAGGCUUGGAUUACCAAAAUCCAUACCUGAGUCCAUUUAGAGAAUUCCAGAGGUGGAAACAUCACCCCAGCGUUGUUCCAACUUUGGAGGGUGGGAAAAGGAUUGCAUAUGGAGCCAGGGCGCUCAAUGAAGGUGGCUUCCAGUCUAUACCAAAACUCACCUUCCCUGGUGGGGUGUUAAUUGGUUGUAGUCCUGGUUUCAUGAAUGUUCCGAAAAUCAAAGGCACCCAUACUGCAAUGAAAAGCGGCAUCUUGGCAGCAGAGGCCAUCUUCAACCAACUAACUACUGAGAAUCUCCAGUCAAAGACAUUAGGUCUCCAUGUGUCUGAGUAUGAAGAAAAUUUGAAGAACUCGUGGGUGUGGAAAGAACUUUAUGCCGUUAGAAAUAUCCGACCUUCCUGCCAUAGUUUCCUGGGUUUAUAUGGAGGAAUGAUUUACACUGGCUUAUUUUACUGGAUAUUCAGAGGAAUGGAACCAUGGACCUUAAAACACAAAGGGGCCGACUCAGACCAGCUGAAGCCAGCCAAAGACUGCACGCCAAUCGAGUAUCCGAAACCGGAUGGGCGGAUUAGUUUUGACCUUCUUUCGUCGGUGGCUCUAAGCGGCACCAAUCACGAACAUGACCAACCCGCACACUUGACUCUGAAGGAUGACAGUGUCCCCGUGAAUAAAAAUUUAGAAAUAUAUGAUGGGCCCGAAGGACGAUUCUGCCCCGCAGGAGUUUAUGAGUUUGUUCCUGUGGAGAAGGGAGAUGGAUUUCGGUUACAGAUAAAUGCUCAGAACUGUGUCCACUGCAAAACAUGUGAUAUAAAAGAUCCGAGCCAGAAUAUUAAUUGGGUGGUUCCUGAAGGUGGUGGAGGACCUGCUUAUAAUGGAAUGUAAAGCUAAGUGAACUGAUUUCAGUUGCAAAUAUGACAGGAACUUCUAUAGUUUUAUAGUAAGUGGACUGUUUUAAAUUAUUUUUAAAAAGUACCCAAGUAUCCUGUAUCAGCAUUAAUUGAAAUGUUUAUAAGGUAGCAAGCCCUGAUUUGCAGUGAAACAGGGGGAAAAUUAUUUUCCUUCUUCAUAAAAGUCCUGUGGAUCAUUGUUUCUAUUCAGUAAAGAAUUAUGAGAUCUCUGAGAUCAGUUUCCCUUCUUCAAACUGCCUGCCAACAGGGUAAGUGCAUCAUUGUCUCCAAAAAAUUGGGUUUAUGGAUUUUUAAUGUGAUUUAACCUUCUAGCUGUAGAAUGGCCUUGAAACAUUAAAUUAUUUUGAGUUUGCCAAA